CCUCUAUCUUAUCCAAAUCACAACAGUCAAAACAGUACAUGUCUAACCGUCGCCGCCACAGCUCCGAACCCAGCGCAGCUGGUGGUUCAUCCAGCCGCCAUCCUACAUACCACGGCAUCCGUUUGCGAGCUGGAAAAUGGGUUUCCGAAAUUCGCGAACCAAACAAGUCUACUCGUAUAUGGCUUGGUACAUAUCCAACACCCGAGAUGGCGGCUGCAGCCUAUGAUGUGGCCGCAUUGGCACUCAAAGGUACAUAUGCGACUUUAAAUUUCCCCGAAUCCGUUAUUUCCAACACACUUCCCGUGUGUCCCACGGCUGAUGAUAUCCGUGCUGCGGCUGCUAGAGCCGCAGCCUCUAAAGCGCCUGUUUAUAAAACUGGAGGCGGAAGCAUGAGCGUGAACGAUAUAGAUGGUCCUCGAGGGUUUGUGGACGAUGAUACAUUGUUUGAUAUGCCGAAUUUGUUGUCGGAGAUGGCGCAGGGAAUGUUACUUAGCCCGCCGAGGAUGAAUUCGAGUCCACCACCGGAAGAUGGGUCGUAUUAUUAUUCCGGUGGAGGGAAUUUAUGGGAUUACUAGGAACAAGGUUGGGGUGAAGUGGAAUGCAUGAAUGAUAAUUAAUCCCUUGGUCGAUGUUUGUGCGGUUUUAGUUUAUGUUGUUUUGUCGUGUCACGUGUGCCUUUUAUUAUCUCCAAUAUUCAGUUUUCAAACGAACCAUGAAUGUAACUCAACGAGUGUUAUGACCGUUUACUUUUAACGUGAUUAUCUACACUUCUAAAUAAAUGUAACCG